GUGAACUUUGUUGCUGUUGAGGAUUGUUUUACAAUCGCCGCAAUCUUGUUUCCCGAUAUCCUGUUCGGGCUAAUAUAUCGCUCGAAUCAUUUCUGAACGAAAGUUUUCUUCGACACAAUCAUGGCUGCUUCGCUCUUGCUAAGAAACGCCUGCCGAAAUCGUUCGCUGCUCCAGGGUCUCGGAACGAAUGGGUCGCUUCCAUUGGCGGCCGCUCGUACCAUUGUGCUGAAACCAGUAAAAUCCGACGAGCGCCCUGGCGAAUCGCACGACGACCGAAAUGCUCGCCUGCAGCGCCCGCAGUCUCCCCAUCUGACAAUCUACAGCUUCCAACUGACCAGUGCCCUAUCGAUCACGCACCGUUUCACCGGCCUCGCCCUGACCGGAUACAUUACUGCGCUCGGUCUCGGUGCGCUCGCCAUGCCGCAUGACGCCACGCACUAUCUGACCAUGCUCGAAGGCCUCAGCGCACCGACCCUGAUUGCCCUGAAGUUCACGAUGGCCUAUCCCUUCGCGUACCACACGGUUAACGGUGUGCGCCACCUGUUCUGGGACAUGGGCAAGUUCCUGACGAUCAAGGAAGUGUACACUACCGGCUACACGAUGCUGGCCGUUUCCGGUGUACUCGCAGGCGUGUUGACGGCACUAUAAGCGGACCACUGGUUUGCGUUGCCACAUCUGUAAGCCAAAGCUUACCAAAUCGGGUACGAAGGAAGAUGCAAUCCUUGCGAACAGUUGCUAAGGCACAAAUUUGUGGCGCGCCUACGUGCUCGUGCUAAGAGAGUAUUUUCGAAAAUCUGCUUAUUUAUUAAAACCUGGCAUAGUCGAGGGGAUAAAAAUGUCGAAAUAAACCAAAUUCAAUACAACC